UAUACUUUGUUACUUUGCUGUAAAUAAUUUUCAUCAUCAUCAUCAUCAUCAUCAUCAUCAACAUCUAUUUUAAAUCUUCACCCAUCGGCAACUUUGACUACAAAUAUCUUCAAAUCAGGUGCAAAUCCAAAAUGAUUGAUCCAUCAUUCAAAAACGAUAAUCAAUAAUAUGAUUAUCGGCGCAAAAGUUUAUCGUAAUGACAAUUUUUUCAUUAAAAAAAAUGAAGACUUGGAUCAUCAUCAUCAUCAUCAAUUCAGUGAAUUUUUUUCAUCAUUAAUCUCGAAUGUUCGGGUUAUUGUAAGUAGACAAAGACAAGGAAAAAAAUAAUUUUUCCAUCAAUUCUCUUGUAUAUACAAUAGAAAAAUUGUCAAACCAAAAACCAAAACAUUCAACAAAAUAUGACGACAACGAUGAAAAAAAAUUGAUGUUUCGUUAUUUGUUGGCAAUGAACCAUAAUGAUAGUCAAUGACACUCAUCGUUUGUCAUCCGGUUUUUCAUUUCUUUUCAUCAUCGUUGUCGUUUGAGUUUGUGUGCAUGUAUGUAUGAAUGUUUGACAAUCAAAAAAUAUUUGAUUAAUUGACAAUCAUAAUAAGCUUCAACAUCAUCAUGAUCAUUGAUUGAUUGAUUGUUACCAGUUUUAUAGAAAAGAACAUAAACAAAAUUAAUCAAAGAUUUUUUAAAAAAUAAAAUUUCAACAAGAGUUUUCGUCGUUUAACAAAUUAAAUCGUGAUCAACAAUAUCAAGAUAUAUUACCGGAAAAACAACGACCAAACAGUAAUUCAUCAGACAUUCAAACAUUUAGCUGCGAAAAAAAAAUUCAUCCACUAAACAUAUCCAUCGAAAAUUCGAAAAUCAUUUGUGAUCAUCAUCGUCCUCAACAAUGAAGACCAACAAUAUUUUGAAUUUAUUGUUAUGGGAUAGAUUUUUUUCCGAAUACUAAUACAUUCAUGAUUCGGUUGCGAUAAAGUGCCAAAGAUAAACAUGUCAAGUGAAUUGUGACCAUUUUUUUGUCUAUAAACAAUUUGAAUUUAAAUCGUUAAAAAAAUUAUUUGUCAAAAUGAUUGACGAUCAACAGGAAAUCAAUAAUAAUAGCCUAAAUUUAUCGAAACAUUCGAACGAAAUAGUAUUAUCACAACCACCACCAACAACAACAGCAUCAUCGACAUCAACAUACGAUGAAACUGUUUCGAAUCCACAAUCUAUGCCUAUUAUACUUCAGAUUGAUUCUAGUCAUCAUCUUGAUGAUGAAACCGUACUAAACGAUUGGAUCGAGCUAUCCGAUGAGAAUGUUCGAAUAAAAAAACUAUAUGAAAAACUUCGUUGUGAAUACAAUGAUCUUGAAUUUCGUUAUGAGUCUCUUAUGACCGAAAAAUCUACACUCAAUCAACUAUUACAACAACAAACUGAACAAUUAUGGGAUGUGAAAAAAUCAUUAAAUAAAUCAAUCGAUUUAAAUGAAUAUGAACGUGUACGACAAGAUUUGGAACAUUCCAAUGAUGAAUGUCGUGAACUCGUUGUAAAGAAUAAAAUUCUUCGUCGUAAUUUAGAUGGAAAAGAAUCAGAAUUACAACGAUUACAGACGAUUGCUGAUGAUCUUGGGGAACAGAAUGCUGUUCUUCGUGAGCAGAUUAUGGUUAACGGUGAAAAUCGUGAAAUGACCACCAAAUUAUUGUGUGAUAUCGAAUCAAUGCAGACCAAGAUGAAUGAAUAUUUGAUUUCAAUCACUGAUCUAAGUGAUGAAAAUCAAGAAUUACGCCGUCUAUUGGAUGAACAAUAUAAUCAUCGUGUCCAUGACCUGAAUAAAAAUCUCAAUCGAUCAUCAACAACUUUAACUAGUCAUUGUCCAUCCUAUACGGAAGUGAUGGGUACACCACCACAGUCAUCACUACAGAAUAAUGCUGUACAAUUUCGGUCUAAUUAUCCGUUGUUUAGUGAUUCACAAAUAAAUAAUGGUGCCAAUGAAAAAUUCAGCAUCGAUAACAUGUGUUCAUAUUCAAAUUUGAAUCUUAAUCAAUUAUUACCUCGAUCAUCAUUUGAUUUCAAACAACAACACCGAUCAUCAUCUACAAGAGUUGAAACAAUGGCUGAUGUUAUAAUUGAUGAUCUGGGACAACAAAUGGACCAGAUGAAAUCCGAAAUCGCUCGUCUAGAAAAUGAGAAUGAAAAAUUUCGAGCUGAGCUUGAACAACGACAACAGCCGAUUGAUAGUGACAAUAACGACGAAGAAAUGGACAAACGAAGUGAAUCGAACGAUUAUACGAAACCACAGCCUAUGGUUGUGUUAGCUCAUUCUCCGCUAACUGAAGAUCGAUCGGCACAAACCGAUCCGAUCCCAUUGACGAUAGAAAGUAGAAAAUUUAUUCGAUGUCCGUUGGAUCAUACUCACAAUGGAAUGAAUAUUGAUAAUGUUGAACAAAAUAAUGGUGCCAAACAAAAUCAUCGACGGCAUCGAUUUUUGGCAAUUGCUUCUUUGGUUAAAUCAAAAUCUAGCCAUCAUCAUCAUCAUUACCAUUCUAAUCAUCUUCAUCCGAUAAUCAAACAACAAUCGACCAUAAUAAAUUCAUCAACUACAACAGUUUCAUUGAUUAAAUCACGAAAACAACAACAACAACAAAAGAAAAAAAGGAAACGACGAUUAUUUUGUCUAUUUUGAUUCAUCUCAACGAAAUUAAGAUUUCUAAGUGGAUGGAUCCGAAAUUGUAUCAAAUAGAAUAUCUAUGUUUACAAAUGAUUUAAAAGUAU